GUUGCUGAUGUCACUUUCGGUGGACAGACGAUACGGUGGGGCGAGAAGGGAGUUUGGGGACCACCCCAGAUUGCAUUCUCCUGAGGCCUUCGGACAGGUGAUCUCUGCACAUGGCACCAUGCUCCAUAACCAUAUAUAUAUAUAUAUAUGUGUCAUAACCAAAAGCCUCUGUGUCACGAUCAUAGAUUUAGAACCCACACAGAGGAGGAGGAGGAGGAGGCUGUGGUGUCCAGUGUGUCCCAGAACACCUGUCUGUGCUCUCCCCAACAUCUAUAGCCUUGGAUUCAUCUCAUCCCAUAUUAAACACAACUUGACAAGUUUCCAACUUCGACAAAAAAAAAAAAAAAAAAAACUACAGUCAAACGUCGGACAAACUGCUCAGGAUACACUUCAAAAGUAUCCAGCGUUAACAUGAACAAUCUGCAGCCCUUAUCAAACUUAGCAACCUCCACCAGGCGCUCCUCACUGUUCCCGGAAAGCUUCACAAAAUAUAAACUACUGUCUCUCUUCCUCCCCCUUUAGCCGUGUGUGCAUCUCACGCUCGUGCCCAUCCCGUGCGCCGAGUCCAUGCCUCUCUCUUGUUUCCGCUCAUCUACUCACCAGAGAGAGCGCUUGCACACCAGAUGCGGGCCCCCCUGCGGGAGUUUAUUUGGCUUUUGUACGGAGUUUUAGAGUUGGUCGCCCGAUUCGAUUCUCGCCAUCGUACUGAUGUUCUUCGCUCCUGCGCGCUCCACCCCGCCUGCCGGAGCGGAGGAGCGCUGGACCACAGAGACGCGCAAGGAGGGGAGAGCGAGCCGAUGUUAGCGGCUGUGACGAGGCUCAGCCCGCCAAUUAAAACUACGAGAACAGCUAAGACUAACUUAAUUAGGCAAUUGUGGCUACUGGGGUCGGUUUAGGCAACAUGGAUCCUCUGCCCGAGCGUUUCCCUCGCUCGUCCCGUCGCCUUGUUUAAUGUGUUAUUACAGGAACAGAUGCUUCCCUUGGCCGGUGCCAGUGCGAUCAUUUCAGCAAAGUGAUGGCAGCGUACUUUCACAGUCUUCACGGAGUUAGUGCAUGUGUCAUUACUUCUCUGCACCCCGCUGUUUAUUUCUAACACCUGGCUCUCAACAAUGAUCGCCGAAGGUCACGUUUCACCGCGACGCACUUCUCCAAGUAUUGUGCAUCUUGCUUUUUGCGACCGCGACUUGAUUUGCAGAUAACUUUUUGAGUCUUAGCCAAGCAAAACCGAGACUGCAAAAGAAAGCUAAGAUGACAUUCAGCCUCGGUUGUUAGAGGUUAACUAUGACUCGGGCAAAACUUUGCUCCGUGCGCUCCCGCGGGUGAUCCAGCGAAAAGCGUCAAAUCAUAUGUAGUUUAUUCGCGACGGGCUGAGCAUGUUAGGAAGUCCAUCAAACAACGGCGGCAUCAGAAUGCUGGUGCCCCCGGCUCCGAACGACGACAGGCGGGUGGAGUUCGUGGCUCUCACCGCCGUCCACACGGAGAGGAGCGAGCCGUCCACGCCGGAGCGCGGACACCCGUCUCACCGCACAGGUCUGCUGGGCACCCCGCUACCAGGACCGCCGGGACCCCGGGGCAACUCCUCCGCCUCGAGCAAGCGCUGCAGAAAGUUGCAGAAUUGCCUGUACAAUGUGUUGGAAAGACCAAGAGGAUGGGCGUUCAUCUACCACGCAUUCAUUUUUCUGCUGGUGUUCAGCUGCUUGGUCUUGUCUGUGUUCUCCACCAUACCCGACCACCAGAAGUUUGCCAACCAAAGCCUCUUCAUCCUGGAGUUUGUCAUGAUCGUGGUGUUUGGGUUGGAGUACUUCAUCAGGAUCUGGGCGGCUGGCUGCUGCUGCAGAUACCGCGGAUGGCAGGGACGGCUGAGAUUUGCCAGGAAGCCUUUCUGUGUCAUAGACUUCAUCGUUUUUGUGGCGUCGCUGGCAGUGAUCGCUGCAGGAACGCAGGGCAACAUCUUUGCUACGUCAGCCCUGCGGAGCAUGCGCUUCUUGCAGAUCUUGCGAAUGGUUCGUAUGGACCGACGAGGAGGCACCUGGAAACUGCUGGGCUCAGUGGUUUAUGCUCACAGCAAGGAGCUGAUUACAGCCUGGUACAUAGGUUUCCUGGUCCUGAUCUUUGCCUCCUUCCUCGUCUACCUGGCAGAGAAAGAUGUCAACACGGACUUCAACACCUAUGCAGACUCCCUCUGGUGGGGAACUAUAACUUUGACCACUAUCGGCUAUGGUGACAAGACCCCUCAUACGUGGCAAGGACGGCUCCUGGCUGCCGGCUUUGCACUCCUGGGAGUCUCCUUCUUUGCCCUCCCAGCUGGAAUUUUGGGGUCAGGCUUUGCUUUGAAGGUUCAAGAGCAACACAGGCAGAAGCACUUUGAGAAGAGGAGGAUGCCCGCUGCAAACCUGAUACAGGCUGCCUGGCGUCUCUACUCCACAGAUGCCAAACACUCCUAUCUAACCGCUACAUGGUACUUCUAUGACAGCAUGUUGCCGUCGUUCAGAGAACUGACGCUACUGUUCAGUCACCUCCAGCGACAGCGUAGCACCAAGAAGGUUCUCCACAACUCCUACCACACGCUGCUGUCAGGGCUGCGGCCCUACAGCUCCCCCUACCUGUCGGGGGACAGCAGUAAAAUGGGCUUCCGGGAUCGGAUCAGGAUGAACAAUUCCCGUUCGUCCCAAACCAUUCGGAGCAAGGCGUCACCGCUGCCCCCCGGCUCCGGUGUCCGCCGCACUCCCAGCCAGGAGAACGUCCCCGAGGCCACCAGCCCGGGGAAGGUCCAAAAGAGCUGGAGCUUUAACGACCGCACGCGCUUCCGCACCUCCCUUCGCCUCAAGCCUCGUCCACCUGCUGAUGUGGAGGGCGUUGGGGAGGACAGCGUGGAGGACAAACCAUAUUGUGACGUGGCCAUGGAUGAGGUGAUCCCAGCAGUGAAGACGCUUAUACGAGCUGUCAGGAUCCUGAAGUUCCUCGUGGCCAAGAGGAAGUUCAAGGAGACACUGCGUCCGUACGAUGUGAAAGACGUUAUAGAGCAGUAUUCGGCCGGACACCUGGACAUGCUGGGCCGCAUCAAGAGCCUGCAGAUGAGGGUGGACCAGAUAAUUGGUCGAGGAGCUGUCCAGCCCGAUAAGAAGGCGCGCCCCGAAAAGGGAGAGAAGACGCCACCAGAACUGGAGUCACUGGACGAGCUAAGCAUGAUGGGACGUGUAGUUAAGGUGGAGAAACAGGUACAAUCCAUAGAGAACAAGCUGGACCUCCUGCUCAACUUCUACUCCCAGUGCCUAAAGAAAGGUUCAUCCAACUUCACCCUGUCCACCCUCCUGGACCCCGACCUGACAUCUGACUACCAGAGCCCCACGGACCAAAGAGACCUCUUCCCCUCCGUUAACACACUCAACAUCUCCCAGUCCGACAGCGGCAACUUGGAAUGACGCUGAGCCGGCUGAGCACAGACACGGACCCCUUUUUUCAGUACGUCUUCCAAAGGCCUGACUCUGAGCAGCCAGAUCUCGACGACUCCUCUCCACUUCAUUUGUUUCUGUCCGUCAAAGACUCUGUCCUGCCCCAUCUCAAAUCCACACCCUCAGCUCCCUUACCCUCAUGUGAAUGUUUCCAGAGCUGGUACAGACGGAGGCCACCAGGUGGCUCCACCUGACGUGGGGCCUCAGCCAAAGCUGCUCACCGCACACGCCUCUCAACCUGCUAGACGAGGACGGAGAUGAGGAAAGGACGACAACUAUUACUUGACUACUGAACCACUCUCCCCCACUCACCUCAUGCUAUAUAUAUAAAUAGAUAUAUAUCUAUGCCUACUUUAAAGCUUCAGUUGUACAUAAUCAGACUGAGCGUUGAAGUGUUUUUAAUCUUCUGAGGAAUCAGCUUUUUUUUCCCUGUCAUAAUUUUAUUUAGUUUGGCUGCUUGUUUCAACAAACUGGGAGUUUUUAUUUUAAUUUUUUUUUCAGUUUUCACUGAGUCUUCAGUACCUAGUCAGUUAUACUGUAGUUUGACACAGAAAUAAAUAAAGUGCUCCCUUGGACCGGGAUGGGCAUACUCAGCCCGCCUACGCACCAAACUUACACGGUACUCUGUCUCAUCCGAACAAGGGAUCUUUAAAUGUAUGAAUCCCGCUUUAAUAGCUCACACUUGUCACAUGGAAGCAGAACUAGAGGAACAUGUUGGGAGUUUGUUUUGAUGUCCAUUCUUUCGCCUCGAGGUUUGCUCUCCAACAAGCCCACUUGCAAAAAAAAAAACAACAAAAAACAAAAACCCCUCAUUGUUCUCUGUUUGACUAGGGUUCGGGUUGUUCCUUCUUAUUUGGGAUUUACUUACUUUACUUUACCUCUCGGAGUACUUCCCCGAUCUAAACUUCUGCUUUUCAACGAGCCCUUUAAACCUCUCUGUCUUGCAGCCCUCAGUCUUGACGUGCAUGCGUUCCUCAGACCAGUCCCGUAGAUGAAACCUCUCAGAUUCGGAUGCAACGCUUUACGCUCUGCUUCUCGCCACUCACGUCCCGGCCUCGGGUCACGUUUUUUUGACCGUUUCAUCUGGUUCGGGGGGGGUCCAGUAACGCUUCCCUCCCAGCUCCACCGCCCUCAGACAUCACACGAGCUCCCAGAUGACGCAGAGACUUUUUUUGGCCAGUUCGGUGCAGUUUGAAGUAACAAUCCGUGAGGCAUCCGGGUUCGAACGCACGAAUUCCAGACCGUUAUCCUCAUGAAGGCGUGAGUCUUCGGUUCAGCUCGAAGAGAGCGUGCGGAGGAAAAGCUGACUGCACUUUCCUCUCUUUUCCCGCGUUUCCUGGUUUCGCUCCCGGUGAUGUUUGCUCACUAAAUGCUCUGUGCAGAUGGACAAAACUGGAGAGUGCACAAAUGCACACACGCAAACACACACACAGACACGUUGAAAACGACGAAACCAGUUCCUUUACUUAAAUACUUGGGCACUUGAUAAAUAUACCACAUGUUUUUGUCAUGUAUGAUUUCAUCUUCCGUUUUGAUUUCUUUACUGUAAACGCGUUCACGCACUUGAUUUUUGCGUUAUCAUUUCGUCGAAUGAUUUCAGUUGUUAAAGUGAAUGUAGGAUUUAAUUUAAUGUAUUUAAUUCAGUUUUUACGACUUUUAAAUAAAUGUAGCAUUUUUUUUUUCUUUCUUUCUUUCUUUGUUUUGUGGAGUUAAAUCAUUGAUGACACUGCUGUAACCACACGCGGCUGAUCAGGUCCACGCGCACCGCUUGCAGAGCCGUGUAUAUUUUUUGUAACGUCUUCGGAUCACCGCCGCCGGCUUCGACCGAGGAAACACUCGCCAUGUUGUGUAUAGCCAGUCAAGACAUUUCUUUAUUGUCCCCGCGAGAGACUCAUUCGCUCGGUCCGGUCAAUGCAGUUGACUCAGGUGCUCAAGUUUUCCAUUCAACCUUUAAACAAUGAAUGUACUUCAUUGCUCUGUCUUUUUAGAUCUACUUAUGGUCUGUCGUCGCCAUGAGAAAUAAAAAAACAAACAAACAAAAAAAAAAUGGCACUUCGGAGCUCGCUGUCAAUGUCAUACAAGUUUUGCAUUCAUGUCAUGGAGAAAUGCUCGGUAGCUCCAUUGUUUGGCCUGGAUUACGGCAGCCUGUUUAUUAGAGGCAUUAUUAAACUGUCACGUCAUUGUCACCGGGAAUGUUGAGCUUCAUGAAAUUAUAUGUGAGGUCACUGUAUUGCAUGUUGUUGUUUCGUAGGAAGGGGGGGCCCCGGUAUUAGAAGAAAAAAACAAACAAAAAAACAAUCUCGAGACAAGACAUGAAAGGAAACGACCUGUGCCUUCUAUGCCCUCGUUCUGCUCUGCAGCUGAUACGGUGCAGCUUUCUGUCUCACACUCCUUCAACAUGGCCUAUCGGUGUGUCGUAUGAGGACAGCCAUGCUACUUUCGUUCAAACCCUCGAACUGACUGAACACUACAGUUAACGUUUCGAUUUAGUCUUCUACGGCUGCUGCAAACUUUGAUAUUUUCUGAGGAUAUUACUGUAUGUUCCUUGCGUAUCCUUGUACCUCUACCAGGGCCUCCUCGCAUCAAACACACUGUAUUGAAACACCUGUCAGAUCCGGAGGCAUGGACAUUUGUGUCGUCUCAACUCUGCAGGCAUGUGUCCUUUCAUAAGCAUGUCACAUAGAUCAGAAUGGCUUCCACACAACUACCUCUGAGGCCACUAGGGGGCGCUAGUCUAGGAAACCGAGUAAGCGAUUGUCUAACUGACUGAAUGCUAUGCAUGACUCAAUCUGCACGUUCUCUUUUUCCACUUCUUCUUCUUCUUCUUCUUCUUCUUCUCCCUCAUGACGUCCUACCAUCCAUCCUUCACUGACUUGCUGCCAUUCGACAUUCCAGCUCAUUGCUCUUUAACCGUUUUCUUAGGUGUUGGAACUGUUGUUAAGAUGAAACACACAUCGAUCAAAGCAAUAAGCGAAAUGCAAAGUCUUCCGAUUCCGACUGAUGUGUGAAAUAUGGCGCUGAUUUAUUUUCUGAUCCGAUGCACAACUCUAUUUGAUCUUUUAAAGAGAUAGAAUUAUGUGUAUCUGCUGUGGAUAAAAUUAGAUCACUUGACUAACUUAUUAAUUUAUUUGUUUCAAUAAAGCUCUUUGGACUGUA